CGAUAAGAAAAGUUCAGGCAAGGGACCGAUCGAUGAUUGACCACGAACAUGGUCAAGGACACAGUGGUCCGCACCCAUAUAAAUCUCGCUUCUCUGUUCAAUACAUACAGAGAUUGAGUUAAGACAAUGCCCCUGCCAGCAAUAAAACGACCAACGCUCCCGGCCCACCUCCUAAAGGAGCUCGGUGCCUCAGCUCCGAAACCUGGGCAGAAGCGCGGAGCCCGGAGAGUGAGUGUGACGUCAAGAAAAGAGCGCCGCAAGGCCGAGAGACAGCAAUCGCGAGCCCAUCGAACUGCAGCUGGCCGAAAUCCGCGCCCCGAGCGGGCGGCUUCCAAUCGCAGCACCAAUGCUUCGCACCGAGCGCAGAAUGCCGGAGAUGGGAACACAGUUUCUGGCGGCGGGACCCCAAAAGACAUCAUGAAACAGCGGCGUCCAGACUUAGGGGAGGAUGGGGAGGACAUUGGAGAUACUGACGACUCUCACGACUCUGACGACGAUGCCCUUCUUUCUGACGGUUUGCUUGAUGAGGGGUCCGAAAUUAACGACGAAGAUGCGGAUGAAACUGGAGACGACGAGUAUGAGGAAGAUGUCGAUGAUUUACCGCCACAGCGGAAGCUGUCGAGGGCGGUGAAAGAAAAACUCGCACAAGAUGACGCGGAAAUUGCGGAGUUGGAAAGAAAGCUUGGCUUGAAGAAUCGAAAGACCCUGCCGAAGUCCUUUAAGGAGGACGGCUUGGGAGAUCUGCUGGAAGGGCUGAGCAGCGGAUUCAGCGAGGAGAAGCAAGAGAAGCGCAAGCGCAAGGCAGAGGCGGAUGAUUGGUUGGCUCAGAAACGGAGAAAGGCCGAAGCAGCGGCAGCCGCACAAAGCAAACCGCAAUCUGACUGGGACGAGGACGAGGACGAGGACGAGGACGAGGAGCAGUUUGACGAAUAUUCGGAUGGCUUGGAUGAUGAGGGGUUCGAGGACGCUGGUUCCGGCCAGGAAGACCAGGGUGCGAGCGAGGACGAUUUUGAAGGCUUCGAUUCCGAGAACGAAGAGACCGCAGAGAAGCCAGAGAAACGAGUCCGCGAAAAUCCCUAUGUCGCGCCGACGACAGGUCAGCCGGUGAAAUAUGUGCCUCCGUCAUUACGCAAAGAAUCCGGGUCGGAGACCAAAUUGGCUGCGCGAAUUCGUCGACAGACUCAAGGCCUUGUCAACAGGAUAACAGAGUCCAACCUGCUGACCAUUAUUACGGAAGUCGAAAAGCUUUACAGAGAGCACCCCCGGCAACACGUCACUUCUUCCCUGGUGGACCUGCUGUUGAUUCAGGUGUGCGAACCAACGAGCUUACCAGACACGCUCCUGAUUCUCUCUGCCGGCUUCGCCACAGCCGCCUAUAUGGUACUCGGGACGGACUUCGGGGGACAGCUGAUACAGGAUAUGGUGCAACGUUUCGAUAAGUACUACGAGGAGGCUAAGCUGGCUGCUCUGGAGCGACCAGACGUGCCAAAGCAGACGUCGAACCUCAUCACUUUCAUGUCGGAGCUUUACACUUUCCAGCUCAUCGGGCCCAAUCUGAUCUUCGACUACAUUCGGAUGCUCCUGGAGAAUCUCUCGGAGCUCAAUGCUGAGCUGUUGCUCAGGAUAGUCCGCAUGUGUGGUCCUACACUCCGACAAGACGACCCUAUGGCGCUCAAGGAUAUCGUCUCCCUCAUUCCACCAGCGGUGGCGAAAGCGGGUGAGAAGAAUCUGACGGUCAGGACGAAGUUCAUGAUUGAUACUAUCACCGAUUUAAAGAACAACAAGAUGAAAGCUGGAGUGGGCGCGUCGGCGGUUAUCUCGGAGCAUAUCACGCGGAUGAAGAAGCUACUUGGCCAGCUUAAAUCGAGAAAGGUCAAGACCACCGAGCCUAUGCGGGUGGGUCUCAAGGAUAUCCGCGAUGCUGAUACCAAGGGCAAAUGGUGGCUUGUCGGCGCUAGCUGGGCUGGCCGGUCGGGGGACCCGAAAGCCGAACAGAAGGCCAGGAACGUGGAGGAAGGCGAUAGCGAGGACGAUAGCGUCCUUCUCGACGACGUUGAGCAAGGCCCAGAUCUGGGUGAGCUAGCCAGGGAGCAGGGCAUGAACACCGAGGUGCGACGUGCCAUAUUCGUCUCCAUCAUGUCAGCCCUGGAUUACCAGGACGCUUACUUCCGCAUUCUCAAAUUACGGCUUAACAAGGAGCGCCAGCGCGAGAUCCCGAACGUCAUCAUCCGGUGUGUUGGUGCAGAGCAGCACUAUAACCCUUACUACACUCUGGUCGCCAAGCGCCUCUGCGCGGAGCAGCGCGAGGUCAGGUGGGCGUUCCAAGCCAGCCUCUGGAAGAUGUUUGGCAGGAUGGGGGAGACCGGCUUUGGAGACGACGAAGCAGAAGACGAGGAGGACGACGAGCUUAUGGAUUUGAGGCGCAUUGUAAACACGGCCAAAAUGUUUGGUGCCCUCAUCUCCGGCAGCAGUCUUGGGGUGACUGUGCUAAAACGCCUCAACCUUCUCUACCUUCAGAAGAAGACGCGCGACUUUGUCGAGAUUAUGCUCGUCAAUGUGCUUCUCGAGUGCCAGACCAGCGAUAACCCCGGGGAAACCAUCGCGAAAGUGUUUGGCGGGGUUCAGGCGACUCCUGACCUGGCCAGAGGGCUGCUGUACUUUUUCAAGAAGGUCGUUCGAAAGUCUGAUCUGGCUGGCGGCAAGAAGAAUACGAAACUCUUAAAGGAAGCCUGCAAGAUGGCAGAGGCGGUCGUUCAGGCGGCACUGGCCAGCGGCGAGGACCAAUAAGCUCUCUGAGUUGUUAGGAUGAAGGGGUCUUCCUUCAGUGUUUGAAUCCGCUGUUUUUGGGUGUCCGUCUACAGUACAGUACAUACAUGACGGUUUCACAUAUUCAAGAUACCCAUAUACUCGGUUGUCACUCGGUGUGCUGGUUUUCACAUUGGGCUCUUGUGUCACUACAAUUAGUCAAAUAUAUGCUUUUCCG